AGCCCUUACACCUCUUCUCUCAACCCACACCCAUACUAAUAUAAAAACCCAACAACACACUCUUAUUUUCUUGCGUAUAAUUAUUUUACCAUACUUUAGAAACAUUCCAUCAAUUUCUGUUCCUCUUCUUAAUCCCUUCCAUUAUAUAGGUCCCCCCCAUUAACAAAUACAAUACAUCCUAUUCUUCUCUCCUGCAAAACCCCCCUUCUUUUCUUUCUUCGCAUUCACGCGUUCACGUCCUUGUCUCAUAUAUUAUCAACGCGUUAUUCCUCUUCGUCUCUCUUUCCUAUUCCAAACUCAACUUACCAUAAUCCAAUUUCCAAAACAACUUUGCUCAACCACUGCUCCACUUUAGCCACGCAACACUAAUUGCAUUGCAUAACCGAUUUACCUUCCCUUUCCUUUCGAACAUACUUAAUCUCCCAUCGCUACAUUUCUUCCUGCCAUUUUCUCUUAUCAAUGAGUGCUGUUCCGAGGCACGAGCGCCGAUGGGCGUCCGACACUGUUCCCGGAAGAGCCACUGUCAGCGCCGGAACUUCGCCGGGAACUGAUUCCAGCUCUGCCGUGGAGGAGUUCGUGGAGGUUACGCUUGAUCUUCAAGAUGAUGAUACCAUCGUUCUUCGGAGCGUCGAGCCAGCCUCGGUUAUUAACAUCGACGACGGCGUCGCUGGGAGCGGAUACGAGACUCCGGCGUCGGUAUCGCGGUCGCCGACUAUGCGGCGGAGCUCGUCGCGCGGCUUCCGGCAGUUCUCUCAGGAGCUGAAGGCGGAGGCGGUGGCGAAGGCGAGGCAGUUCUCGCAGGAGCUAAAAUCGGAGCUGCGGCGGUUCUCGUGGAGCCAUAGCCAGGCUUCGCGCGCGCUCUCGUCUUCCUCGGGGCAUAACGGCGCCGGAGGUGGAUUCGAAACGGCGCUGGCCGCUCGUGCUCUCAGGAGGCAACGCGCGCAGCUUGAUCGCACGCGCUCCGGUGCGCACAAAGCGCUUCGCGGUCUGAAAUUUAUCAGUAGCAAAUCGAAUGGUGUUGAUGCGUGGAACGAGGUGCAGAACAGCUUCGAUAGAAUCUCUAAGGAUGGAUUUCUCAAUCGGGCCGAUUUUGCGCAAUGCAUAGGUAUGAAGGAUUCGAAGGAAUUCGCUCUGGAACUGUUUGAUGCUCUGAGUCGUAAACGAAGGUUGAAAGUUGACAAUAUCAACAAGGAAGAGCUGUUUGAAUUCUGGUCGCAAAUUACUGAUCAGAGUUUCGAUUCCCGGCUUCAGAUCUUCUUCGACAUGGUGGACAAGAACGAGGAUGGGAGAAUCACAGAAGAAGAAGUGAAAGAGAUCAUCAUGUUAAGCGCUUCUGCAAAUAGGUUGUCCAGAUUGAAGGAACAGGCCGAAGAAUAUGCAGCUCUAAUCAUGGAAGAGUUAGACCCCGAAGGACUUGGCUACAUCGAGCUAUGGCAACUGGAGACGCUUCUUUUACAAAAGGACACGUAUCUCAACUACAGUCAAGCUCUAAGUUACACAAGCCAAGCUCUGAGCCAGAACCUACAGGGGUUAAGGAAGAAAAGUCCAAUACGUAGAAUGAGCCGCAGAUUGAUCUACUAUUUGCAAGAGAAUUGGAAGAGACUUUGGGUUUUAACAUUGUGGGUUUGCAUAAUGACGGGGCUAUUCACGUGGAAGUUUAUACAGUACAAGCGGAAAGAUGCAUUUCAUAUCAUGGGUUAUUGUCUUUCCACGGCCAAGGGUGGGGCUGAGACUCUAAAAUUCAACAUGGCCCUUAUACUCUUGCCCGUGUGCAGAAACACCAUAACUUGGCUCAGGUCUACAACCAAGCUGGGUUAUGCUGUGCCUUUUGAUGACAACAUAAACUUUCACAAGACAAUUGCUGGGGCCAUUGUGAUUGGUAUUAUACUUCAUGCCGGAGAUCACCUUGCUUGUGAUUUUCCAAGACUUGUAAGUACGUCUAAAGACAAUUAUGAGACGUAUUUGAAAGGUGUAUUUGGUGAUACUAAACCCAGUUACGGAGACCUGGCUAAAGGCGUCGAGGGUGUGACUGGAAUUUUGAUGGUGAUUCUUAUGAUAAUAGCAUUUACACUUGCAACCAAAUGGUUCCGGAGAAAUCUCAUUAAGCUGCCUAAACCAUUUAGUAGGCUCACUGGCUUCAAUGCCUUCUGGUAUUCACAUCAUCUGUUUGUCAUCGUAUACGUCCUUCUUAUAAUCCACGGAACAAAACUUUACCUCGUGCAUAAAUGGUACCUUAAAACGACAUGGAUGUAUCUUGCGGUUCCAGUUUUACUUUAUACGUCCGAAAGAAUACUCAGACUAUUUCGUUCUGGUCUGUAUACAGUUCGUCUUGGAAAGGUUGCCAUAUAUCCUGGAAAUGUUCUCACAUUGCAAAUGUCUAAGCCUCCUCAAUUUCGUUACAAGAGCGGACAAUACAUGUUUGUGCAGUGUCCUGCUGUUUCUCCGUUUGAAUGGCAUCCGUUCUCUAUUACCUCAGCCCCUGGCGACGACUACCUGAGUGUUCAUAUUCGGCAACUGGGUGAUUGGACACAAGAGCUUAAAAGGGUGUUCUCUGAGGCCUGUGAGCCUCCUGUGUCUGGGAAGAGUGGGCUUCUCAGGGCUGAUGAAACCACUAAGAAAAGUUUGCCGAAGUUAAAGAUCGAUGGACCUUACGGUGCACCGGCACAAGAUUAUAAAAAAUAUGAUGUUUUGUUACUAGUCGGUCUCGGGAUAGGAGCAACACCUUUCAUCAGCAUUCUAAAAGAUCUUCUCAACAACAUCAUCAAAAUGGAGGAAAUGGCGGAUUCAAUCUCUGAUAUAAGUAGAGGUUCAGACCUUAGUGUUGGGAGUACUACAGACUCACCAUCUCUUAAUAAAAUUGCGCCAAAACGGAAGAAAACACUGAAGACCACCAACGCUUAUUUUUACUGGGUUACAAGAGAGCAAGGCUCUUUUGAUUGGUUCAAAGGAGUCAUGAAUGAAGUAGCAGAGCUUGAUCAAAGGGGUGUCAUUGAGAUGCACAACUACUUGACCAGCGUAUACGAGGAAGGGGAUGCUAGAUCUGCCCUCAUCACCAUGGUACAAGCACUCAACCAUGCCAAAAAUGGAGUUGACAUUGUUUCUGGGACCAGAGUGCGAACUCAUUUUGCUAGGCCCAACUGGAAGAAGGUUUUCAAUAAAAUGUGCUCCAAGCACUAUAAUGGAAGAAUAGGGGUAUUUUAUUGUGGUGCACCAGUUUUGGCCAAAGAACUGAGCAAACUCUGCUUCGAGUUCAAUGAAAAGGGUCCAACAAAAUUUGAGUUCCACAAGGAGCACUUUUAAAGAAUUUGGACUGAGCACUCCCAACUGUACUUAAAGUUAACAGGCUCACCUCACAACUUAAACCCGUCAUUUUAGUAACUUGGCGUGGUCAUAUUAUGUGAUUAAUAAUCAACAAGUAAAACCUUUUUGUUUAGAUGUGAAGCAUUGUACAUAGAGCCAGCAAGAUUGCUUGGCAUUUCAGUAUACAUGUGGCCUCAUAACUAAAGAGAUAAGCGCAGUGGUACCAUCCACCACCUAGAGUGCGAUACAACUACGUUGGAGAUGCUGACCUGAUUGUGGAGCCACAUCGACUGUUGGCAGAUAAAUCCACAGUGAAUUGGAUAUGGACAUUUUUGAAAAAGAUAAUAGAAGGUAAAGGGACUAAAGAAUGUGGCUGGGAUACCUUUUCAAGAGCAACUUUCUCAUUUUUUCCUUCCAUGGGAUUCCAGGAAUUCUUGAGAACUCAGAGUGAGGCAAAUGACUUACCUCUGCUUCUGCUUGGAUCCUAACGGGGAGAGGGGGAUUAUACAUAUCUAUGUAAAUGAAACCGGUAUAGUGUUUUCCUUUUUCAAAGUGACCAAUAGUUUUAACCUUUAUUUAUUUAUUUGAUUAUAUAUAUAUAUGAAGUAAAACUAUUGGUUUGUGAACA